AUGUUGGCUGGGAAGCCCGUCCUCAACCACUCUGGCCUCCCCGAGUUCGUGUUCCGAGUGUUCACCACCAUCCCUGAGUUCCAGGUGCUUCUCUUCCUUCUCUUCCUCCUCCUCUACCUCAUGAUCAUCUGUGGCAACACGGCCAUCAUCUGGGUGGUCUGCACACACAGCUCCCUCCGCACGCCCAUGUACUUCUUCCUGUGCAAUCUGUCCUUCCUGGAAAUCUGCUACACCUCCGUGGUGGUGCCCUUGAUGCUGUCCAACAUCUUUGGGGCCCAGACGCCCAUUGCACUGGCUGGCUGUGGGGCCCAAAUGUUCUUUUUUGUCACUCUGGGCAGCACUGACUGUUUUCUCUUGGCAGUCAUGGCCUACGACCGAUAUGUGGCCAUCUGCCACCCACUGCACUAUAGUCUCAUCAUGACCCCAAAGCUAUGCAUCCAGAUGGUUCUGGGCUCCCUGGGCCUGGCCCUCUUCCUCUCCCUGCAGCUAACGACCUUAAUCUUCACUUUACCAUUCUGCGGACAUCACAGGGAAAUCAACCACUUCCUCUGUGACGUGCCCCCAGUUCUCCGCCUGGCCUGUGCAGACACCCAUGUUCACCAGGCAGUACUCUAUGUAGUGGGCAUCCUGGUGCUGGCCGUGCCCUUCCUGCUGAUCUGCGUCUCCUACGCGUUCAUUGCCUCCACGAUCCUGCGCAUGCGCUCAGCCGAGGGCCGCCGGCGCGCCUUCUCCACCUGCUCCUCGCACCUCACGGUGGUCCUGCUGCGGUACGGUUGCUGCAGCCUGGUCUACCUCCGGCCUCGCUCCAGCUCCUCCGAGGACGAGGACCGCCAAAUCGCCCUGGUCUAUACCUUUGUCACCCCCUUACUCAACCCUUUGAUUUACACCCUCAGGAACAAGGAUGUCAAAGGGGCUCUGAGGAACGCACUCUUGAACAAAGCAGCCUCUGACACCAGUUAA